UUACAUUUUAUAGGAAAAUUUUAAAACUAUGAAGCAAUUUCUUAAAACGGCUAUUUCUUUUUGCUUAGUGCUUCAAGGUGUACAUGGAGCUUGUCCGUUCCAAACUCCAUUCUGGUUCCUGUCUCCACCUUUACUCCAACCUGUACUUGACGAGUUCGGAAAUACAAUACCAGAUAGGGUUUGGAUUCAGUUUGGAAAAGUUCACAACCGGAAAUGUGUAGAUUUCUUCAGAGUAGAGUAUACAAAAUCAGACAAGGACGGGAUAGAAAAAGUCACUUCACCACGAGUUUUUCGGCAUGAAAGAGGAACAGAAAUAACUGUUGUUCCCUGUACAUUGUACACUUUCAGGGUUGCAGCAUAUGAAGAGUUCCAUGGAACUGGAAAAAAGUUUCCGAUGUAUUCUGAUUCUGUAAACUUUACAUUGGAUUAUACUCCAAAGUUUCUCCGUUCUCCUCUCAUCUAUGAGAAGUUUGGACAGCCUAGAUCUAGAAUAGUCAGGGACAAGCGAGGUAUAUAUCCGUACACCACGACCUCCACCACCCCGACCACGGAGCCGUACAUCGUGAUCACAGUGUCCUGGGACCUCUCAUUCAUAGAUUUCCCAAUCUGUCUUGCUAAAGUCGUCUUCACAUACUACAAUAUAGAAUGGGAAGAAUCCAGUUUUACCAAAGAAUAUGCAGAUUUUAAAUUCGGCAGAACAAAUGCAUUUGCUGUAUCCAACAAGGAUCUGCCCUGUGAUCCUGAGUUCGGAUUCCAAACCAAGGUUUAUGGAGUAAACGGUAAGCAAGAGGAAAAAACAAACUCAAAACUCUAAGAUUUUGUUACUUUC